GUUUGACGUUGUGAUCAAGCUCGGGUAUGCUUGGUAUUCGACAUUAUUAUUAAGGCCGACGGCAAAAGGCGACCAACAGAAUUUUUUAAGGCGUCGUCUGCGUGUGUUUGUUUGCUUCUGAAGGUUGUGGUUGUUUACGUCGAAAGCUCUUUGUCUCCAAGAGGUGAAUGUUUAACAGCUGUUGGCAGUUGUCUCGGCCCUUGUGACGAAGGCGAACGAGUAUGUGGAGAAUCAAUUAAACCAACCCCUCUUUUUUUUGUCAGUGUUUGUGUUUGUCCGAGUUCAAAUGUCUUGAAGACACAAAUUAACAAGCCGCACCCGGAUUUUCGUGUCCACCUACGCACAACAAGCAUCCCACAUCAUCAUCAUUCGCCUUCCAUCAUUCUCAGCCAGCAACUCUUGUAGGACUGGUGGUUCACAAUUAGGUUACAGUGGGAUACUCCCCGCUGGUCAAACAUAGUGUUACAUCAUGGCCAAACGAGGGUGCUGCAGUUCGCAGCUUGAGUGUUGUUUUGGGAGACUUGGAUGCAGGUUCUGCUGCAGAUGCUGCCCCACUGCUUUCGAGUCGACAACAACUAGACUAAUGUACACACUGAUGCUGCUUUUGGGUACAGGUUUCAUGUGUGUCAGCCUCACCCCACACAUAGAAGAAAUACUAGAAGAGCAUAUACCUCAUUUUGAAGCCACCUGUGAAUUGCUGAAAAUUGGCGGAAAAUGUCAGCUGUUGGUGGGAUAUAUGGCGGUCUACCGAACUGCUUUUGCCCUUUCUGGAUUCUUUUUCUUCAUGUCGCUAAUGACUGUUGGUCUGAAGAAAAGUCGAGGCUUUAGAGCGGGUUUUCACAACGGAGCUUGGUUAUGGAAGUUUCUUCUGUUGAUUGGCAUCGGAGUUGGAGUUUUCUGUCUGCCAUCGGAAAGAAUCGCUCAUUUCCAAAUAGUUUGGAUGUAUAUAGCCCUGGUAGGAGCAGUGGCGUUCGUCCUCAUUCAAUUGUGGCUUCUCGUCUUCUUCGCGCGAAGUCUCGGCAACAAAAUCAAUCACAGGGUAGCCGAAGGUGGGAAUCCUGUCUGUUGGUACGGAGUGUCUUCCAUGUGCACCUUAUUGUGUUUCGCCAUCAGCGUCAUCGGCAUCAUGGCUCUGUUCAGCUACUUCACAACUUGGGAAGGCUGCACGACCAAUAAGAUUUUUAUUGGAAUCAACGCCGGUUUGUGCCUUUUCCUGUCGGUCGUAUCGGCCCUCAUCUGUUGUGGACCAAGAGAAACCCAUUCUGCCUUGCUGCAAGCGAGUAUCAUUUCAGUUUAUAUUACUUACUUGACGUGGACGGCUGUUUCGAGUAUUCCAAGGGAGCCGACCCCUUCGCCCGAAUCGUCUGUUCAACAGCCACAGUCCAAAAAUUUGAUGGACAUGCCGGAGAAUGGGGGCAUAUCGGAUCAAAAGUUCUACUGUGGACCAGAAGGUGCGGCUUUCGACUACAACGAGUUUGUCUUGCCUUACGUGGGUGUGGUCAUCAUGUUUUUCUCGGUGGUUUACUCCAGCUUAGGCACGUCAGCCGACAGUGCAGUGGCGCUCGGCGUGACCGGCCACCGGCGGGGCUCUGAACGAAACGCCGAACGAACAGAGAAAUCGACAGGUGACGGUGGUGGACAACGAGUUCUUCGAAACGAACGCGAUGGAACAGUCUACAAUUACAGCCUUUUUCACGUUGUCUUUUGUUUGGCUUCCAUGUACAUCAUGAUGACGCUCACCGCAUGGCUCAGGCCGGAGCAGGCAACCCUGUCGAGUUUCAAUCAAAACUGGCCUACCGUUUGGAUUAAAAUGGGGUCUUCAUGGGCUUGCGUGGCUCUCUAUCUCAUUGCCCUACCCCUACGCCGGUUUGGACGUUACAGUCGAGUCGGCGGUGGGGUCGUCGAUAACGGCCAACCCCUCACCACAUCACAGCGCAUCCAGACGAGGGAGAUAUACGAGCGAGAAACGGUGACUUAACAACAACUAGAUGCUAACAAUAUAUUCUAAGCUCCUCCUCUUCAACUGCCUUUCCAAUCUUCUAGGUGAUGCCCCCCUUUUAUUUUUCUCUUUUCCUUUACCUCUGGGUUAACCGCACACUCACCCAAAUAACAAAACUUGUUUUAUUAUUUUUAUUUGAAGAGCUCGAGAUUUUAUUUUUUUAAUCUCCUCUCUGAUUACACACCACGACCGGAUUUUCAUCAUCUUGAUACAAAGGUGGGGUGAUGGUGGUGGUAAUGGUAGGUUUUGUCCUAAGGGCGGGAGGAGUACCUAGUAUUAUAUGGGGCGCGUCUGGGGGUCACCUCACAAGAAAAACAAAAGAACAUCACAAAGAGGAACGAGAAUCUUGUAAGUUUCUUCUUCUUCUACGGUGGGAGGGGGAUUCAUCUUGUAUUUCGACUUUAGGUCAGCGACGUUUGUGACAGCAGCGGAGGGCGCGUUCGCCUGCUGUCACGAGGUCGCAAGGUUAUGUGUUUCUUGUUUUAGCUGCGGUAUUACAUGUCGGGAGGCUGCUGUUUGGCUUUGAGCCACGAGUGCAAUUAUCAAAUAAUCUCGAGAAGGAGAAACGGAGGAAAAUGCAUUUACAAUUUUUGUGAAGGGGGGGUUGAUUGUUGUAGCUAGUAGUAAAUGUUGUGUUUUUAUACGAUGUUGGAAACGACGGCGCGCUUGAAGUGGAUGUGACGGUGGUUUUCUAUUGUUAACCUAAUAAUCUAUGUGCCUUGCACUCAACGCUCCACCUUUCACGUCCUCCAUCCUCCUUUUCCUUCAAAAAUGUUUUCUUUCUACCGACUGAUGACCUCAAUCUUGGCUAUUUUCAAACAUUUUUUGAAUUAUCAAUGGCUCUGCCCCCCAUCCCCACUCUCUCAUCUAACCAAAACUUGCCAGUUGAAUGUGUUAUUGAUGUGUCGAGGCUUGUUGUUUUUCCACCGAGUCGUCAAUGUAUCGCCGACUCUCGCCGUUGAAUUUUGAGGAGACGAUAAGAUGUGACGAUCGCCGGCGUCGUUGAUGGUUGGCUCACACAACAAGACACAAUUGCCUCGACUGUUUUAUUUGUCCUGCCUUUUCUCGCCACACACACACACGCAUCGUGCAAUCAUCUCUACUCCACUGUUAAGGAAGAAGAGGAAAAAUAAAACCGCGUGACCUUAUAGAGAUCUUCAACGUCUUUCGAGAGAUAACCUCCAGGGCCAAGCCUUUCUCUGCCGCCACCUACACACGCAAAGGAUCAUAUCAUUAGCGACGCCUUCUGCGCGCGCACUUGGUGUUGUGUGUUUCUCUCCUAUUCGACACUCGACAAAAUUCCAACCAAAACACAUUUUUCCUGAUUUCGAAAAAAUCCACCUCAGACCAAUGAAAUAAAACGUGGGACAUUGUCGAAAGAAGCAGAGAGAACAACAAGUUGAUUGAUGAAUCUGAUGUACGUCGUGUAUGUGUAUAAAAUAAACAAAAGUGAACAAAUAA